UAGUCGUCUAUAAGCCAAGGAAACAUACCAGCCUUCUCUUUUACCCCUGCCUCCGAGAACGUCCUCGCAAGACUUGAGAGAUAUGCCAUCCCUCCGGAAUACAUUCGGUGCCCUCUUUAUUGGUACUACUGUUGCCUCUAUGUUAUUCGGAAUAACGAAUGUACAAACACUCAUCUACUACAAGAGAUACCCUAAUGAUUGGUCACUCUACCGAUACUCUGUCGCAGUACUUUGGGUACUCGAUGCUCUUCACGUGAUUUUAAGCACCUGUGCCCUGUAUUACUAUCUCAUCGAUAUGCAUGGUACCUUGCUCGGUGCCGUAUGGGAUAACACUUGGAGCAUGAAGCUGCAAUUGGCCAUAAAUGUGUCGAUCGUUGUGUAUGUCCAGGGAUUAUAUGCUAUCCGACUGUGGAAACUUGGACAACAUUUUAAUAAGAUACUCUCAUGGUUCGUAUUUCUCGCUGUAGCAGCCUCGCUUGGCGCAGGAAUAUAUAUAACCUAUGAUAUUUAUAUUACGCCGAACAUCACAGCUAUUUCCAUCAUCAGAAGAUCGAUUUAUACCUUCUUCUCUGUGAUAGCCGCAACAGAUUUCAUCAUAGCUCUCAUGAUGUGCUAUUAUCUGCACAAGGUCAGAGAAGACACACAAUUCUCUUCAACUUCGGCUGUAGUUGUUACUCUAAUGCGAAUCAUUCUUGUCUCGGGGUUAGCCACAAGUGCAUGCUCUCUUUUCGCUCUUCUCUCAUAUAUUGUGUGGCCCGAGUCUCUUAUUUUCCUUGGCAUCGACUUUGCCCUGCCGAAACUAUAUGUCAACUCCCUGCUUGCUAUGCUUAAUUACCGGCCUAAACGCCCAUCGACACAAUUUGUUGCAGAGCGCUCAAAACACUCAAUUCCUACUGUUGUUAGGAUCACACAGCACACUUCAGUAGGUGAUACCGAAGACACAGAUAUUGGCAUCCCACUCUCUGAGAUUCCAGUUAGCCGCCCAUUUGAUCAUAAGUCGAACCAUUCAGACUCAAGGGGACCUCUCGAUUAUGAAGUCCAAGAGUGAUUUCGUUUGACUCCCGCCCUUGGUACCAUAUAGAUAUUUAUGAAACACUAAAUACAUCUAGACUUCGUCCUGCCAGCUGUGUAAUGGCCUCGUUUGAGGCUUGUGCAUUGAUCUCUUGCACCUUGUAACUUAACAUCAUGUCAGUACAAGGAGUUCGUUUCGAACAACCGUGAUAAUUCCGAUAUCAG